CGAUUCAACCAUGGAGGUAUCAGCACUAAAACUACCAAUUCACAAACAUUUUUUGUACCCUUCAACUCGAUUUCUCUUUGCUCGUUGCGAAGGUUGUCGUGUAAGAGGUCACAUCUACGGAGGCUACCGUUGCAAUGAUUCUGGGUGUUACAAUAAUGCUAACCCUGGUGGUUGGUUCCAUAAGGAAUGUGGCGAGUCACCAUCAGAAAUCAACCAUCCUUCCCACCCUGAGCAUCCUCUAACUUUCAACGCAAAGACAGGUUACAAACGAUGUCAUUUGUGCGGACGUUUAAUCAGAAGUGGUUAUUGCUGUGCGAUAUGCCAUUUUGUCAUAGAUAUGGCUUGUGCACAAAAACCACCGCCGCCUCAAGCUAUUGAGCAUCCCAUGUUCCAUGAGCAUUCACUCGUCCGCACAAAGGAAGCACCGCUCAUGGAUCCUUGUAAAAUAUGCAAGAGUCGUAUUGAAGAAGGAUAUCCCUAUGAAUGCCUUACUUGCAAAUAUGUUUUUCACUUGGACUGCGUCAAUCAGUCAAGAGAGAUAAACCAUUCGUCUCAUUCUAGUCAUGUUCUUGAAUUUUUCACAUCUGAAUCACUUCCAGAAAACGCUGAGAAGACAUGUAUUCUGUGUGGAAUAGAAUUACUACAUGUGCUUUAUCAUUGUUCAAAAUGCAACUUCAGCAUAUGUAUUGACUGCAAGAGGAAUCCUCCACCACUCACUAUCGAGCAUACCAAGACCCACAAGCAUAAGCUCUCCCUCUUGGCAAGACGAGUCUCGUUUACUUGUAAUGUUUGUGGGUUGCAAGGCGAUCGAAGUCCUUAUUCAUGUGUUCAGUGCAGUUUCUUAGUUCAUCGAGAAUGCAUCGACUUGCCUAGCGUCAUAAACAUCAACCGCCAUGAUCACCGCAUAUCUUUCACUGAUCAUAUUGGGCACCGGGAUAAUCUAAAAUGUGGAGUCUGUCACAAAAGUGUCAAUCAGUACUGUGGAGGUUAUACUUGCCCCACUUGCCCUGAUUUUGUUGUUCAUUCGUCAUGCCCAACAAAACACAGAGUGUGGGAUGGAGUCGAGCUCGAAGGGAUCCCUGACGAAGAAGUUAUUCCACCGUUCAAGGUAGUGGGUGAUAACUUGAUAAAGCAUUUCAGCCAUGAAAAUCAUAUUCUUCGACUAGAGAGUGAUGGUACAAGUACUCUUGAUGAAAUAACAAGAUGUGAAGCAUGCGUCUCUCCCGUCUAUUCUGAUCCGAUAUACAGCUGUGAGCAAUGUGGUUUCAUCCUCCACGAGACAUGCGCCAAUCUUCCAAUAAAAAAACGACUUCCGUUUCGCAACAUACAGUUCAAACUAUAUGCUCCCGAGAUGAAUUCCUACGAAGCUUUUGAGUGUUACGCAUGUAAAACACUGUUUAGCGGUUACAGGUACAAGGCAUAUCGAAUGAGUAUAGAUGUACGUUGCGGUGCGUUUUCAGAACUGGAAUCAUAUGAUUUCCAUGACCACCCUGCUGUAUAUUAUGGUAUGGAGAAAAUGUAUUUGAGCUGUGGUGCAUGCCACCAAAGGGGAGAGAUGUCACAACAUAUGCUCGCUUGUGAUGACUGUGACUUUGAGUUGGAUUUCCGAUGCUUUACUUUGCCAAGGGUGGUGAAGUAUAAAGACGACGAGCCUCCUCUUUCCUUAUGUUAUGGUGAAGAAGAUCCAAAUGGUAAAUACUGGUGUGAUAUUUGUGAGGAUGAAACAAAUCCGAAAGAAUGGUUCUACACUUGCUCUCAUUCUGGGGUCACAUUGCAUGUCCAGUGUGUUCUUGGAGAUUUCUUUUUUCUCAUGCCAAGACGCAUGAUAAAAUAUGGUCGGUACUGCAAAUUUGAAGUGGUUCCUAACAACCACUGUUCUCGACCGUUAUGUGCCUGUUGUCAAUCUCGAUGUAAAGGCCCUUUCUUUCUGAAGAUUUCUAAUCCCGAAAUCAUAUACAUCUGUUCUGAAAAGUGUUUUAAAGAAAAGAUCAUUAUCCCAUUUAUAGAGGUCAGAACUACGAUUUAG